CCAGAGGUCUUGUCCUCUGGGGAGAUAUGUUAAGUGCUCUGCCAGCCUGCCUGUGUGCCUGGCCUGUUUUUUCUCACUGCCAGUACCUCUUGGAUUCCAAUUCCAAACAUGGUAUCCAUCUGGGGUCACCCUUUCUUCCGGUGCCAAGAGAGACGCAUUCCAAAUGGAACACAAGUGUGCCUCCCGUGCUGGGCUCUCCUCAUUCUGACUAGGGACAACAGAGAGCAGGAUGUGGCCACUUUAUCCCUCACCGCUAAAGUUUUCGAUCCCAUAGUCCUAUCUUUACCUCGGGACAAUUUAGAUUUUUCUGCUAAGAGCCAAAUGUGAAGUCUGCUCUAAGAAACCUAGAGCCCAGGAAUCUUGCCAGAGCUCUGCAAAGAAGGCCAGAACCUUGCUGAAGGAAAACGAGAGGGAAAAAAGUUUUAAAAUUCUCCAUGAAGUAUACUAUGUUCUGCCAUUUAUUCCCAAGGCUACUGGAAGCAUUCCUCUCAGGAAAGGCAGAGUUGGCGGUGAGAAGCCGGACCUGAGAAGACUCUGGGAGGACAGAUUAGUUCAUUUUUUGAAUUCCCUAUGUGAGGACAGUCUUCAAGCCCAGCAAGGCUUUGAGACGCCCUGAAGAUGAGUGCUAACGGCAGCACAAUGCGCCAGCUUCUCUGGCAGGACCCAGUGUGCAGUGGCUGGAAGCAGGAUCUGGAAGGGGCUGUCUACCAUCUGGCCAACUGCUUCUUGCUCCUGGGCUUCAUGGGGGGCAGUGGGGUGUAUGGAUGCUUCUACCUCUUUGGCUUCCUGGGCACAGGCUAUGUGUGCUGCAUGAUGUGGGGCUGGUUUGAUGCCUGCGGCCUGGACAUCAUCCUCUGGAGCUUCCUGCUGGCAACGGCCUGCCUGUUCCAGCUGGCACACCUGGUCUACCGCCUGCGUAAAAACACCCUCCCCGAGGAGUUCGAUCUCCUCUACAAGACGGUGUGCCUACCCUUGCAGGUGCCUCUGCAGGUGUACAAGGAGAUUGUUCACUGCUGUGAGGAGCAAGUCUUCACUCUGGCCACUGAGCAGACUUACGCUGUGGAGGGUGAGACACCCAUCAACCGCUUGUCCCUGCUACUCUCUGGCCGGGUUCGUGUGAGCCAGGAUGGGCAAUUUCUGCACUACAUCUUUCCUUACCAGUUCAUGGACUCUCCUGAGUGGGAAUCGCUGCAGCCCUCGGAGGAGGGGGUGUUCCAGGUCACUCUGACUGCUGAGACUGCAUGUAGCUACAUCUCCUGGCCCCGGAAAAGUCUCCACCUUCUUUUGACCAAAGAGCGAUACAUUUCCCGCCUCUUCUCAGCCCUGCUGGGCUAUGACAUCUCUGAGAAGCUCUACGCUCUCAACGAUAAGCUCUUUGCCAAGUUUGGGCUGCGUUUCGACAUCCGUCUCCCCAGCCUGUACCAUGUCCUGGGUCCUGCUGCUCCAGAUACAGGGCCAGAGUCUGAGAAGGAUGAUGAGGAAGUCCGUGAGUCAGCCAUGCCCACAUCUGCCCAGCAAACACCCCCUCACUCUCCUCUUCCAGCUGCCAGUGGCCCUCCAGCACCUCCCUCCCGGGCCAGGAUGUCCAGGCCGGACAGCGGCGUCCUGGGUGAGGACUCUGCCAGUCUGGUGCUGGAGGAUUUUGAGGAGGUGUCGGGAUCAGAAUCGUUCAUGGAUUAUAGGAGUGAUGGGGAGUACAUGAGGUGAGGGAGAGCUAACACGGGCACAACCACCCGGCUCAGGAUCCUGUCUUCUAGAACUCCUCUCCACAGCUACUCUCAAGUUAUGUCCAGGGGACAGGCCCCCUUGGCUCCAACCCACACUCCUGAACUUUAAGGAUCAACAGGCUAUCUUUUUCUCUGGCCGCACUAAUCUUCACAGGAAGGUCACUUGAGUGCACACCGCGUCUCACCCCCUGGAAGGCUCACAGGCAAGGUCAGAGCAGACACAGAAGACGUCGCCCCGCUGCUAACAUCAAGGGCUCCAGGUGACUUGUGCAAAUUUACCCUCACCAGCCUUCCUUCCAGGAAAAGGCACCCAAAAGUGUGAAAGCACCCAUCCCAUCCUUCACUAACUGCAGAAUCUUGGGCAAGUUACAGAGGCUCUCUGUAACUCUCAUCUGUAGAGUGGGGAUUCACAAAACUCAUCUCCCAGGGUUGUGGUGAGCACUGAAUGAGCUGACUUAUGUAGAGCCCCUCGGACAUGUACAUGGCGUGACACCUAGUAAGCACUCCAUAAAUCACUCAGUUUUUUUCCCUUGUUGUUUUUCUGAACUGUUAAAAGGGUCACUGAAGUCAACUAGCCAAGAAGUUUUCAUGGUUUACUUGUUUGUUUUUCCGGUUAGAUUCAAUUUAUAGAAGUAGAAAUUUUUAAAAACCUAGUUUUCCCUUAAGCUUUUAAGUUCAACUUACAAAUCUCUUGUUCUGUUUAGGACCCUAGUAUGAAACAAUAGUUUUCAGAGGGACUUUAAACAACUUAGUUAAUUAAAUUUCCUUUCAUAGUUUUAA